AAAUUUUUGAAUAAGAGUGCUUGGUGUUAUUAUUCAUUAAGAAAUUUUGUUAAAAGACUUAUUGGAAGGCAAGAAAUGGCGGAUUCAAUUGUCACUUCAGAAGGUCUUAGUGAGUAUGAUGAUGGUGUCAAUGAUAAAGAAAAUCUGAAUGCUUAUGAUAC